CACCAAACUCCCCCUCACUUCUUCUUCUUCUUCUUCUUCUUCCUUCCCCUUCAAUUUCUAGGGUUUUCCCCUGCACCCCUUUUACUCAAGGCCGCGCCGAGUCACAGGCUCCUGCUGUAACAAUGGGCUCACUCACCGAUCCCGGCGGCGGGUUGACUCAGUCGACGCCGCCGAGUUUCGACAAGUUCCAGCGGCAAGCCUCGCUGAUGACGAGCUGCACGCUUCUCUGGAAAGAGCUCUCCGAUCACUUCUCCUCACUCGAACAGAAUCUUCAGAAGAAGUCCAAGGCUUUGAAAGACAAGAUCACGACUCUGGACACUCACACCAAGGAGUCUCUCCAAGUCCUCCAGAACCGUGAGUGCACCAUCGACGACGCCGUUUCGAUUGCCCUGGACAAGGUCUACCAGAGUAAGGAGGCCGCUCUUCUGGCUGUGGUAACUAUCAAAGACAGCGUCUCCGGCGAAGUUGAUGAUGGUGAGGGUUUACUGUUGAAGCUGCGCUCCUACUGUACGAGAAUGGACGCCGAGGGGUUCUGGCGGUUCGUGUCGGCGCAGAAGAAGGAACUGGACUCGAUGAGGACUCAAAUGCCUGUUGCGCUCGGAGACUCUGUCGAUCCGGCGAAAUUUGUCUUGGAGGCAAUUUCCGAGGUGUUUCCGGUGGACAAUAGGGCGGAUAAGAGCGAUAGAGCGAACGAUUUGGGCUGGGCGUGCGUUCUGAUGCUCGAGUCGCUGAUUCCGGCGGUGGUCGACCCGAUUUUGGGAAACUCACGGCUUCUGGUGACACCGAGCGUGAAGGAGCGAGCGAAGGAGAUAGCGGAGACUUGGAAGGCGAGCCUGGACGAGCGCGGCGGCAUAGAGAACGUGAAGACUCCGGACGUGCACACGUUUUUGCAGCACUUGGUGACUUUCGGGAUUGUCAAGAAGGAAGACAUUGAUUUAUAUAGGAAGCUUGUGGUUGGCUCUGCUUGGAGGAAGCAAAUGCCCAAGCUUGCAGUCUCGUUGGGAUUGGGUGAUAAAAUGCCGGAUCUGAUUGAAGAAUUAAUCAGCAGGGGGCAGCAGGUUGAUGCAAUCCAUUUUACUUUCGAAGUUGGCCUUCAGGACAAGUUUCCCCCUGUCCCACUGCUGAAGGCUUUCCUCAAGGAUGCAAAAAAAGCUGCAACUUCUAUUUUGGUGGAUCCUAAAAAUUCUGGCCGUGCUGCGCACCUUGCUGCACGCAAGGAGCAGUCAGCCCUUCGGGCUGUCAUAAAGUGCAUUGAAGAGUACAAACUCGAGGCUGAAUUCCCUCCAGAAAAUCUCAAGAAGCGCCUGGAACAACUAGAGAAGACCAAGAGCGAGAAGAAGAAGGCAGCUGCUGUCCCAGCCAACAAAAGAACGCGGGUAAACAAUGGUGGCCCGAUGCCGCCUGCAAAGGCUGGCCGCUCAACAAAUGCUUAUGUGUCAUCUUUCCCGGCUCCUGCAUUUGUCCGGUCCCCGUCACACACUCAAUAUGCCACUGGGAUUCCACAGUAUCCUGCAUCCCCAGUCAUAUACAGCAGCCGGAGUCCUCCUUAUGCAUACUCACCUGAAGCAGCCUCUCCGCCACUGGCCGGGUCUUAUCCAGUGGCUCCAAUCAACUAUUCUCCCUAUGGUGGUUAUGGCAAUGGCGUUGCACCAGCUUAUCAGCAGGCUUACUACUGAUAGAAGUGACCGUUCUCUGAAGAUGGCGACUUUCUGAUAUUAUGUUGACCCUACUCUCAGAUGUUGUCUAAAUGGUUUGUAAUCACUAACCUUUUAAUGGUAGCGAUAAGUGUGUCUUGUAAUCCUUAAUCCCGACCUUCUAUCCUGCUUCUCGACACGUGGAGGACAGGCUCUCUCUCUAAUGUUGGUUAAACUUUGUAAUAUUAGAUGAUUGUGAAAUAUAGUUGAGGCAGCUUCUUACUAAA